AUAUAACUGAUAAGAUUAAAAUUUAAAUGGUUUUUUUUUAAAUGAUCUUAAACUAAAUAAUUUAAUUGUAAUUAAGUAUUAUAAGUGUUAAUUCGUCGUUUGUGAUUGUAUACUGAAGUGUUUCAUUCUUUUGACAGUCAUGGACGACCAUCACAUCAAAGUUGAUCUAUUGAAAUUGUUGGACGAAAACUGUUUGACAGUAGCGCAAGGGACAUCUGACCACAAAAACUUAUUAUUUGUUGUUAAAAAAUCGUCGGCCAUUGAGAAAUUAGAAGAAUUCGCUAGUUGUUAUGCAGACAGGAUUAACGUGAAAAUUGCCAUAGUUGAAAACUUGAAUCUCGAAGUGUCCAAAGGGUCAUUGUACAAUGCCAUUCUGUCAAGCUUUGAUGUGGAUGACAAUAUUUCAUCUAAUCUGAGCUUAAUAUCGACAUACACCUCAUUGCUGGUUGCUGGAGGCACACUGAUGGCAAAAACCACAGUUGGCACCGAAGAAACACUGGUGAAGCAUAUGAAAUUAUGCGGAUUUCUUAAUGUUACAGUGAGCAAAUCCAUUCCAGGAAUGGUCAUUGGAAAUAUGCCCACAUACAAAGUUGGUACCAGCGAUAAAGUCACUUUGAUUCCAGGGACAAAAGAAAAUGUAAUUUCAGCAUGGAAGUUGGACGAUAAUAAUUCAGAAACAAUAUCUGAAGACGAUUUAUUAGAAGCUGAUGACUUAAAAAAACCAGAUACUUCCUCACUCAGAGUGUGCGCUACUACCAAAAAGGCUAAAGCAUGCAAAGACUGUACUUGUGGAUUGGCAGAAGAACUCGAAACAAAUCGUCUCAAGGACACACCCAAACCAGACACUUCUAACGCCAAAUCAUCUUGUGGAAGUUGUUAUUUAGGCGAUGCAUUUCGCUGUGCUAGUUGUCCAUAUCUGGGUAUGCCAGCUUUUAGACCCGGUGAAAAAGUUCAACUCUCUGGAAACUUGUUACAGGAUGAUUUAUAAUUGACACAUUCUGUUAACAGCACUCAUAGAACUAGAAUAUUUAUUUAAUGGUAUUUUAAUUAUAUUGUGUAUAAAAAUAUCAAAAAAUACGGUGAUUGAAAUAAAUAAACAUGAUUUUUUUUUUAUUAUUA